AUGACUGCGGUAGCAGAAACUGUGUUCAGGGACCGCAAAAGCGAGAGAGAAAUGAUGUCCGCUGUCGCUGAUGUCCGGCUCAGUGUCAGCACAGGGGCAAGGAGAGUUUCCCUGCUUUCCUCAGAUGUGAAGGGACAGUUAGAACAGCACCUGCAAAGGAUCGACACCGGCCAUCAUGCAUCUCUGUGCAGGAGUGAUAUUACUGCUAGGUUUCAGAAGCAGGACGAUGUUCUGGUCAGGUGUAGCAGCGUCUCGUGCUGGUCUAAAGACGGGUUUAUUCUCUCUUAUGAACAGUACCUGAAGGGGAAUUCCUCCCUGACCAUGCUGAAAGCUGAUUACAGCCUUCGAGGACUCUACAUGGCCAAGUGUGUCUCUGAGACCGUCUGUGAAGUCGUCUUUUCAUUGUCCCCUCUAGAGAUGACCCGUGUGAUUGCCCCAGGUGAACCCAUACACAUGCACUUUCCCCUCACUGACCUGGUGGGGGUGAGUUUUACUGCCAGUGAUGCUGUACAACCAUCAAACCUGCAGAUCUGCACCGUGGAGAAGGAGAAGAUCCAGUGCAGUCCAGAUUAUAAAGAGAGAGCGUCUCUCCUCAACACUCUUCAGAUUAAAGAUGGAGACGCCUCUGACAGUGGGAACUACACAGUACGGGAUAAAGUGAAUGAUGAGACUUUAGCCAUCGUAACGGUCCAUAUGAGAGAUGAACGCGUGUCCCAGACUCGCUCUCGAGGACGACGCAGUGCCCCUGAGCCGAGUCCAGACAUCAAGCAGCAGGAAGGUGUACCAGUGUGGGGGAUUGUACUGAUACUGAUACUGAUGCUGCUUGUAUCUGCGUUUGUGUUCCUGUUAGUGAUGUAUGUGCGUCUGAGGAGAGAAAAUGAGCAGCUCCGUGAGAAUGCUGAGAACAACGGACUCCCUCUCCUCCAGCAGAAACACUGUGCACUGAGAGCAGUAGAGAAGACGGAGUGUAGUGCUUAGGGUUUUGGGGGUUUUUAAUGCUUGUACUCUAUAUUCUAAUUCCCCCAGUGUAGAUUUAAACAGCAGUAUCGUUAAUACAGUAGGACUGUAAAUAAUGUUUGUGUUAAUGUUAUUUUCACUAAAACAUCUCACUAAAAUUUAUUGUGUAAAUACUAAAAUUAGCUGAAGAGAGCUAGCGUGAUGUUGACCGCUGUGUGUAAUUACUAAAAUUAGCUGAAGAGAGCUAGCGUUACGCUAAUGCUGUGUGUAAAUACUAAAAUUAGCUGAAGAGAGCUAGCGUGAUGUUGACCGCUGUGUGUAAAUACUAAAAUUAGCUGAAGAGAGCUAGCGUUACGCUAAUGCUGUGUGUAAAUACUAAAAUUAGCUGAAGAGAGCUAGCGUUACGCUAAUGCUGUGUGUAAAUACUAAAAUUAGCUGAAGAGAGCUAGCGUGAUGUUGACCGCUGUGUGUAAAUACUAAAAUUAGCUGAAGAGAGCUAGCGUUACGCUAAUGCUGUGUGUAAAUACUAAAAUUAGCUGAAGAGAGCUAGCGUUACGCUAAUGCUGUGUGUAAAUACUAAAAUUAGCUGAAGAGAGCUAGCGUUACGCUAAUGCUGUGUGUAAAUACUAAAAUUAGCUGAAGAGAGUUAGCGUGAUGUUGACCGCUGUGUGUAAAUACUAAAAUUAGCUGAAGAGAGCUAGCGUGAUGUUGACCGCUGUGUGUAAAUACUAAAAUUAGCUGAAGAGAGCUAGCGUAACGCUAACCGCUGUGUGUAAAUACUAAAAUUAGACUAAGAGAGCUAGCGUUAUGCUAACCGCUGUGUGAAUACUAAAAUUAGACUAAGAGAGCUAGCGUUAUGCUAACCGCUGUGUGAAUACUAAAAUUAGACUAAGAGAGCUAGCGUUAUGCUAACCGCUGUGUGUAAAUACUAAAAUUAGCUGAAGAGAGCUAGCGUUACGCUAAUGCUGUGUGUAAAUACUAAAAUUAGCUGAAGAGAGCUAGCGUGAUGUUGACCGCUGUGUGUAAAUACUAAAAUUAGCUGAAGAGAGCUAGCGUUACGCUAACCGCUGUGUGUAAAUACUAAAAUUAGACUAAGAGAGCUAGCGUUAUGCUAACCGCUGUGUGAAUACUAAAAUUAGACUAAGAGAGCUAGCGUUAUGCUAACCGCUGUGUGAAUACUAAAAUUAGACUAAGAGAGCUAGCGUUAUGCUAACCGCUGUGUGUAAAUACUAAAAUUAGCUGAAGAGAGCUAGCGUUACGCUAACCGCUGUGUGUAAAUACUAAAAUUAGCCAUGUUUACUAGUAAGCGAGCUAACAUAACUAAUAUUAUGACUUUGAGUUUGUUUGUAAAUUCAGUUAUUUAUUCCUAUUUUUCUUCACUCUUUGUUCUGAGAACAGUUUCCAUUAGCAUGACGUCACUGCUCGAGGGAACAUUAGAUGAAAUAUGUGGCAUUAGAACUAGUUACUUGUCCACUGUCUGAUUGUUCUCGAGUUCCUCAUUAAUCAAUAACGUAUUUCAGGAAAAUCUGCUUGGUCUGUUUCAGUUAUAUCCAUGUAUUUCUUUAAAUAUCGUUCAUUUUCUCGAUUUGAAGUCUGAAUGAAUUGAUUCUUCAUCUGGUACAAUGUUCUUGUCUGCUUUUAUUUCUGAAUUCUAUGUGAUGUAUUUGAAUAAUGAACAUUGUUGUACGUCGUGUCUUUGCAGUCGAGUGUGCACUAUGGGGUCGUAUUCGAGUUCAGCAGUCAGUGAGGAUUUAUUUUUUUUGUAAUUAACACUUUUAUUGAUUCACAAAUUAAUACAAAUAGACAAACAACAUAUAUAAUGAAUCAAACUAUUUUAACAUAAAUCCUCACUAUAACCCCUCCCCCUACCAACCUCCCACCCCACCCUGGUCCCCCCACGAACACCCCUGUGGUCAAUAGAUUAUAAACUCACAUAUCCAAAAAAAUAAUUAAAAAAUCAAUAAAAAUACACACAAUUAAAUAAAUAAAUAAAUAAAUACAAUAAUCAAGUAUAAUCAUAGACUAAACUCUAAAUUAUACUCUCCACCGCCCCUCCUCAAGAGUUCCCCAAAAACGCCAAAUAACUGCUCCAAUUCUUCCUGAAGGAAUUCCCAACUCCAAUCCUUCUGACCCCUCCUCAAAGGCAGCCACCCUCCCCAUCUCCAUACACCGCUCUGGAAACGAGGGCGCUCCAUCUGAUUUCCAUCCCCUUAAAAUAACCUGACUACCAAUCAUCACACUGGUCAAAACCCAAUCUUUUUUGUACCUAUCCUCCAAUUUUGUGACCUCCCCAUCUCCCAAAAUACAGAGUCUAGGGCAGAACGAGAUCUGAGUGUUCAACACCUCACAUACAAAGCUCUGCUCCUUCCACCAAAAUUCUUGGAUCUUACGACACCCCCAAAAAACAUGGGUGAUGUCUCCAUCUUCUGAAUGGCAUCGCCAGCAGGUGGGUGUGUCUUUAAGACCGAGCCUAUACAAUUUAGAGGGGGUCAAAUAGAACCGAUGUAAAAUCUUAAAUUGUAUAAGGCGCACCCUUGCGUCUCUAGAUGCAGUUUUUAUAUUUUUUAAAAUCCUAGCACACUCUCCCUCCCCCAAUUCCAAAUUUAAAUCUUUCUCCCAUAAUCUCUUGAGAGUGGUCGAGACUCCGUCCCCUAGACUCUGAAUCAGUAAGGAGUAAUACACUGAUGCUUCAUGCCCUCUUCCAAAAGCAGAAAUCACCUCUCCCAGAGUAUCUGCUGCUUUAGGGGGGUGCACGCUACUCCCAAAAAUAGUACAGAGCAAGUGGCAUAGUUGAAGAUACCUAAAAAACUGAGAUCUGGGAAUCCCAAAAUGUUGAACCAAUUUUUCAAAAGAUAUCAUCACACCACUCUCAUAAAGAUCACCAUGUGUAUUAACCCCACUCGUGAUCCACUCUGACCAACAAAAAGGGGACUUAUUAAUACGUAGUUUGGGGUUUAGCCAUAGGCUCGAGGCAACAUUGAGAUAAAUCUCAGAAUCAAACACCCUGGACACGCUUGUCCACACUGAGUGCAGAUGUGAAAUAACGGGGUGUGAUUUACCUUCUCUGGUUAGAUUAAUGGAAAGGCUUUGCAGUGGCAAAAUAGGGGCAAGAACUUCUUGUUCAAUGCAGAACCAGGGAGGGGCUCUCUCAAGCGGAAGUGACCAAUGAGCCAAAUGUCUGAGACCAAACGCAUAAUAAUAAAACAGAAUCUUGGGUAGGCCUAGCCCACCCUUGUCAAUCGGCCUAUGUAACUUAUUGAAAUUUAACCUGGGACGUUUACCAUUCCAAAUAAAAGACUUCGCUAUACUCUCAAAUUGCUUGAAAUAAGAAAGAGGGACAUCUAUAGGGAGAGACUGUAGCAGGUAAUUGAAUUUUGAAAUACAACUCAUUUUAAUAACAUUAAC